AUGAAGGCGAGCUCCUUCUCUACCCAGAUUCCUCUGUGCAAUGGCGUCCUCCAUGGGCGACGAAGACAGACAGCAAACGUGAACGCCGCGGCCUUCGCGCGGAGGCCCGGAAGCGGCAAUCUGAGAACAGUACGCUUUUCAUUGGAUCUCUGAAUCAUAGGCCGUCGGUUGGCAGAAGAACUGCGCAUUUGAUCUUCCAAUGACAACGAAAUUUCGGUUCAAAGUUGAGAUCUUUAUUGUAUCUAUCAUCUCCUUCUGCUUGCGUAGGUCGCCAAGGGCUGCCGGACUUGCACUGGGAAAGGUUCUGUCGAAUGCCCUGGAUGCAAGGUCAGCGGGCCGUAGUCGCUUCCAUUUCCUCAAAAAUAUAGAGAAAUGAAGAAGAAACUGAAAGAACGGGAACGUUGAUGUUUUCUCAUCAUUCAGGGAACCGGGAGGAACAAAAAGAACGGAAACAUCUUUGAGAGAUGGAAGUAGGCCUAUUUUUCAGAAAUGAUGGUACAGUGUUCAAGAGGGGAGCCGACUGACUCUCUGAUGUUGCAGGUGCUUCGACUGCCAAGGAUUUGGCCUGAUAAGUUGCCCAACUUGUGGGAAAGGAAAGGGGCUUACACCGGAGCAGAGGGGGGAGAGAUAG